AUGUCCCCAAUAUCUCCCCAUCCAACCCCAUUCCGCCACUUCCCUACCCGCAUCUCCGCUUCCCUCCCUUCCCUGCCUUCCCUGCCUUCCCUCCGUUUCAUCUCUUCCCUGGGGUCCUUCCCUUCCAUCCCGUCUCUCCCUUCCCUCCCGUCCCUCCCGUCCCUCCCCUCCCUCCCGUCCCUCCCGCCCCUCCCUUCUGUCCCUGCCCUCCCUUCUCUCCCUGCGCUCCCUGCCCUCCCUUCCCUUCCUUCUCUCCCUUCUUUCCCUUCCCUCCCUUCUCUCCCUUCCCCUCCCUUCUCUCCCUUUCCGCCCUUCUCUCCCUUCCCUCCCUUCGCUCCAUUCCCGCCCUUCUCUCCCUUCCCGCCCUUCAGUCCCUUCCGUCCCCUCCCUCCCUUGCCUCCCUUGCCUCCCUUCCCUCCCUGCCCUCACCUACCUCCCUUUCCGGGCCUUUCUCUCCCUUCCCUCCUUUCCCUCCCUUCCCUCCCUUAUCUCCCUUCCCUCCUUUAUCUCCCUUCCCUCCCUUCUCUCCCUUCCCUCUCCUCGCUCUCUUCCCUACCCUUGCAGCCUUCCCUCCCUUCCGUCUCUUACCUCCCCGCGAUUUCCCUUCUCUCCCGUCCCGCCGUUCUCUCCCUUCCCUCCCUUCUCUCCCUUCUCUCCCUUCCCUCCCUUCUCUCCCUUCCCUCCCUUCUCUCCCUUCCCUCCCGUCUCUCCCUUCCCUCCCUUCUCUCCCUUCCCUCCCUUCUCUCCCUUCCCUCUUUUCUCUCCCUUCCUUCCAUUCAUUCCCUUCCCUCCCUUCUCUCCCUUCCCUCCCUUCUAUCCCUUCCCUCCCUUCUCUCAUAUCUCUCCCUGCAUCUCCCUUUCCUCCCUUCCCUCCCUUCCCUCCCUUCCCUCCCUUCCCUCCCUUUCCUCCCUUCCCUCCCUUCCCUCCCCUCCCUCCCUUCCCUCCCUUCCCUCCCUUCCCUCCCUUUCCUCCCUUUCCUCCCUUCCCUCCCUUCCCUCCCUUCCCUCCCUUCCCUCCCUUCCCUCCCUUUCCUCCCUUCCCUCCCUUCCCUCCCCUCCCUCCCUUCCCUCCCUUCCCUCCCUUUUCUCCCUUCCCUCCCUUCCCUCCCUUUUCUCCCUUCCCUCCCUUCCCUCCCUUCCAUCUCUUCCCUCCCUUAUCAACCUUCCCAGCCUUUUCUCUCUUUCCUCCCUUCCUCCCUUCCCUCCUUCCCUCCUUCCCUCCCUUCCCUCCUUCCCUCCUUCCCUCCCUUCCCUCCCUUCCCUCUCUUCCCUCCCUGCGAGCUCUUUCCUCCCUUCUUUCCCCCCCCCCACCUUCUCCUCAAUCCCUCAGCACCGCCCCCAUCGGCGCCAAACAUUUUGGGCCGCCCCUUGUGCGUCUCCUCCCUUUUGUCCUCUCUUUCUGCCCUUCAGGCCCACCCUUUCAUCCUCACCCCUCCACUUCGCCUCCCCAUCUCCUCAAGCCCUCUAACCUUCUUGUCAUCCCGCCUCCCCAUCUCCGAUAUCUCCCCAUCCCUUCUCGAGGUCCCGGGUCCCCAUGACAGCUGCCGCCUCCCAAUCUCCCCUUCAUCCUGGCCUUACCUUCCAUCCCUCCCAUCCCUCCCUUAUCUCUCUUCCCUGCCUUCCCUCCCUUCCCUCCCUUCCCUCCCAUCCCUCCCUUCCCUCCCUUAUCUCUCUUCCCUACCAUCCCUCCCUCCAUCCCUUCCCUUUUUUUGCAUACCUUCCCUUUCAUGCCUCCCAUCACCUCUCCCUGCCGUCCCAUCUCCCCGUCAUGCCUCCCACCAUCUCCAUUCUCGAACAGCCCCAUCUCAUGUCAUCACUUCACCUCUUCUCCCAUCGUUGCCACCCCUCCGUCCCUUUUUCAACUCUUCUCCCAUCGUCACACUCGCUACGUCCGCCCUCACACUCUUCCUGCCAUUCUCACCCAGUCCUCACCACCAUCCCUCCCUUCCUGCUUCCUAUAACCAACCCCCUCGUCCCGCCUUCUCCUUCCUCCAUCCCUCCAAUUCCCUUCCCUUUCUUUGGCCUGCCCCUUACCUUCCUUCCCUCCCCUUCCUUCCCUUCCCUUCCUUCCCUCCCCUCGUGCCCUCUAGUUCCCGUGCAUGUGCUGCCAUCACUUUUGCCCCAUAA